AGCGUAAAACAACCUGCCCUCCUGGCUACGACAAAGUGGACAACUUCUGCUUCAAGCUCCUCUCUGAGAAGCUCUCGCUCUUCGAAGCCACCACCGCCUGUGACGUCAUCGACGGCAAGGUGGUGGAGGUGACGUCACAGGAUGAGCAGACGCGAGUGUCCCAGUACCUGAGCAAAGUGGCGGGAACAUCGCCCAGUGACAUGCACGUGUGGCUCGGGGCCACGGACCUCCAGGUAGAGGGGACCUUCCUCUACAUGUCGCACUCGAAUGAACAAGCCAUCGCCUCCUUCAGCAAUUGGGCUCCCUCCCACCCAAGCAAGGACGCGGAUUCGAACUGCGUCUCUCUGUCCUACACAGCGGGCUGGGCCUGGGAGGACGUGCCCUGCACCUACCACAUACCUGUCCUGUGCUAUGUCCACUUAGAACUUGAACAGGACGGUAUCGUGGGCUAGUCUUGACCACUCACGUCAGGGCCAGUCUGGUCCCCCCCCCCCUUCCUAUACCACAUAGCGUGUUUAUCUCAAGUGUGUACCUGUUGGGGUUUGGUACUGAUGGUUCUUGGAAUAUGGCCUACAAGCUGUUCAAAUGUUCUAAGCUCACAAGCUCACAAAGCUAAACUUUUCAGGAGAAAGAGAAAAUCGUGUCAUUCUUUUAAAAACUAGAUCAAUGCUUACUUAAUGCAUCUUUUUUGCUUUUCUAAAUAUUUAGCAUUUGAACUUUGACAAAAUAUUUCUCGAGCACAUGCAACCAAUUCCACAAAUUCUGAAACUGCAAUAGCUUUUUUUAAAACAAGCAAACAAACAAACACACAAACAAACCAAACAAACUAACUAAUCAAAACAAAAAAAAUGAAUUAUUUUGGGCUGAGUACAAUAAUUGCACAGCUGGUCGACUAAAUGCACUUCUGGAAUUCCAGAUGGAUCAUAUAAUUAAUAACAUUAUUGAUGUCCUUAUCAACUCGAGCUGUGUCACCGAGACAUUUUCAAGUUGUCGGUUUUUAUUAAACUUUUUGUUUAGUUUUG